UCUACGUGAUUACUUAAGGUCUAGGAAAAGAAUGAUAAAAUCCUUUCAUUUGUUGAUAAUCCUUUAAAGCACUUUGUGUUAAGAAAAGGAUUUCCUAGCUGUUGUGUUGAAAAAUAAUUGGUGUCUAUGUGAAAUGAUGAAAAAACUGCAUAUUGCAGUUUUUAUUUUAGGAAGUUUUAUAAACGCAUUUUCAACUGUUGAAGGAGCAACAACUAAUCCUUGUGAGGGUAAAGAAGGUUGCAUCAUCCCAAAUCCAGAGGUUGAUGAUUGUACCUCAUACAUUCGAUGUGCCAAAGAUACCUCCUAUGAAGUGUUAACCUGCUCAACUGGACUUCUCUUUAAUGCCUUAAAGAGAACAUGUGACUACAACACAAGUGUUAACUGCCCCGCUGAAGAUGUACCACCGGAAGAAACUGAAAAUCGAAUCAGCAUCCCAUCCAGCGAUGUUCAAUGUGAAACGGACACGUGCACCUGCGUAUAUCCCAGUGAACACAGUUGUUCAGAAUAUUACCGCUGUGAAAAUGGAAUUGCAUAUAAAGAAGAGUGCCCUAAAGGUCUCAAUAUGAACAAGCAGAAACUGACCUGCGAUUAUGAAGAAAAUGUCGAUUGUUGUAAGUAUUUUUAGUAUACUGUAAGAGCA